GUGAAGUGACUUCAAAUGCAGGGAGGGCUCUGUGAGCAAACCCUCACUGGCUGCCGUUUAUAAGAGGGAGGGAACAGUCCAUCUCUGCAAUUCUGACGAGGUUGGAAGUGGCUUGCUGUGGACUUGUUUCUUUACACAUAAGCAGACGUGCGCAGGAACCUUGAGGACAACAUGAAGAGUCUUCUGCUGGUCUUUGUCGUCGUCCUCUGUCAACAGGCAACGUUCCAAAAACAAGAGAUAAACAGCCCUGACCUGGAGAACUUAAGCUUUACUGGGCAUGUCAACAACAUAUUCAACAAGAAUGUGGAACAAGAAGUGGGGACCAACCCACGCCCUCAUCCUGGGCUGACGCCGGACAACAACAACACGGGCGUAUACCUGCGCAGCGCUCUCAGCACCAAAGUCAUCCCCUUCGUCUACAUCCUGGUCAUCACCAUUGGUGUCCCGUCCAACGUUGCCAUAUUGUGCACGCUGCUGAAGAAAAUCCGUAAAGUUUCCUCAAGCAUCCUGUACUCCAGCCUGGCAGUCUCCGACCUCCUCCUCCUCCUCUCCCUCGUCUUGAAGGCUCACUACCAUCUCCAUGGCAACCAGUGGAAGUUCGGGGAGAUCGCCUGUCGGGUGGUGACGGCCUGUUUCUAUGGAAACCUCUACUGCUCCGCGCAGACGCUGGCUUGCAUCAGCGUCACGCGCUACCUGGCUGUGGUGCACCCCUUUGUUUACCGGAGUAUGCCCCAGAAGCGCAUCACCGCCUUGAUCUGCUUCGCCAACUGGGCCGUGUUUGCCGCCGCCAUGGUGCCCGAGCUCCUGAUACAGCAGACGUACAAGAUUACCACUGAGGACCUUGUCACCUGCCACGACGUCUUGCCCUUGGACAUGGCCUCACACAGGUUCCUCCUCCCCUAUAACAUUGCAAUGACGGUCAUUGGCCUGCUGGCGCCCCUGGUGGCCACGGUUUGGAGCUACAACAGAAUCAUUGUGGCGCUGAACCGGUCCCAUCUGGACUGGGCCAAGUACAUCAAGGUGAGCUUCCUGGUCCUUUUCAUCUUCCUGGUGUGCUUCACCCCCGCCGGGGUCCUGCACAUGGUCCACUACGUGAAGCUGACACUGCACCACGUAGACAUCUUCUACGCCUGGUUCAACGUGGCCGUGUGUCUGUGCUGCCUGCACGCCUGCCUGGACCCCUUCCUGUUCCUGCUCAUGUCCCACUCAACCUCGCAAUACUUUGGCAUGAAAAAGAAGGCUCUAAACACAUCGGACACUGUGUGACUCCGGAACGGAGGAAAAGUUGACUUCACUUGUUACGACACAUCGUCACUCGUGUCACGUCCGAAGGCCUCACAUUGCAUCGCAAGCGGCUUGCCCCCACACUGCCCCCUACUGUCCUGGAGCAGGGAUCGCCAUUCCAAACUGAGCAUGUUGUGUGUUGGCUCUGACGUCACUCUACGCACAGCAAUUAUGACUUUAGUAUGAUAUUUGUGAUCGUUUCUUCCAGGGUUGUAUAAAUGUGUCUACAUGUAACAGGUCUGUAAAAUAUUUUUCUAUGGUUGUUAAAAUGCUCCAAUAAAAAUUUUCUAACGCCACCCUUCCUGCACUCUUCACCUCCCUCGUCGCUGCGGACGCACUUCCUGUUGGAACUGAUCAGCAAUCCAGAUGGGGUCAGGUUUUAUUCACCACGCAGGGCGCUAUGUUCCUGAGGCGCCCCCAAGGGCUGCUCCAGCACCUGCACUUUUCCCCUCUUUUUCCUGGCAUGAUAAUAUCUUGCUUUUCGUAUUAGGCCAGACUCCAACUUUCCUUUCUCCCCAUGCUUCUGUUUUCUUUUCUUUUAUUCAUUUCUUGCACCUGUUUGGGUCCCCUCUUUCUCCUUUCUUUCAUUGCUUUACACUUCCUUGUUCCUUUAUUCACCUCAUGUCUACCGCAAAGCUUUCCUUUCUUUAUCUUUUUUGCAUUUCUCUCCUGGCAGAUUUUUCCCCUAUUUCCUUUCACUUGUCUUUAGAAUUAUUUGACUUCAAGGCAUUAAUUCCAUUCUAUUUCUCCUGUCAUGUCCUUUUGUCAUGUCAUGUCUUUCUUCAUCCACCCAUCUAUUUCAUUUUUAGACAGCUCCCUUAUUUAUUCUUAUUUUCCACAUGUUCAUUUCUCUUUGAUCCCUUUGUCCUUCCUCAUUCCUCUUUGCGUCUAUAUUGUGUGAUAGAUUUUCUUCCUGUUCUUUACUCUUUUUAGCCCAUUAUUCCUUCUUUUAUCUUUUUCCCUUUGUUUCGAUGUUACAGUCUUCUUCUACUUCUUCUUCUGCCGCUUAUCCAGGGCUGGAAUGCGGGGGCAGCACCUCUCUAGGGAGGCAUCCAAAACAGAGGCCUGAGCCGCCUCAGCGGAGGUAUUUCAUUGUCUUUAUUCCUUUCAACUCUUUCGUCUUUCUUUCUCCUUUCUCCAAAUAUCCUCGCCUUCAAAUGGGCUCUAACCAUAGAUAAUAUAUGUUUAACAAAACAGACAUAAAGGUGGUUGUUUCAGAGCCAACAACACAAUAAUAAUUAUGUGUUUGCGAUGUGUGCCCUUUUAUCUGGCUUCAGCACCAGUGGAAGGGGAAAUGUUGGGGAGCGAUACGUGAUCCCCACGCGCCAGCUCAAGUACUGCGUUGAAGCUGGUGUUCUUACUUUGGAAUGUUUGGAAAUGUCCCACGCACAUCUUGCAUGGAGUUGAAAUCUUGAACUUGAAUGAACUUUUACACACUUCUGGGAGUAUGUGACGCUUGCUUGUCUGCAUUCUAACUGACUUACUAAAACAGAAGGACACUUCCUCGCAGGACUACUGGUUCCAUUUUAUUUUCGAUCUACAUGCCACCGCUUGGACAGAUGAUGCAGCGUUUCCAUGUGUCUUCCCACUGCGAUGACACACAGAUUUUUUCACCCAUUAAAAACUCUCAAGGCGAGGCUGCUGUCCUAGCAUGUCUUGAAGAUGUUCCUGUUUCCUUCUGCUGAAAAUGACUCUCUCGAAAAUCCAACCCAAGUGGCUCCACUUUAGAUAGACUUGACUGGUAACUUUUAACUCCGACUUGGCCCCCAACUACACUGUAGAACUGCUGACCCCCUACUAGCCAGCCAGAACCCUCAAAUCCUGGAUCCACGCUAGUCCCUAAGUCUGGACUUAAAUCAGGAGGAGCCAGAGCCUUUUCUGCCAGGGCUCCUCCUCUGUCUGAGCAGAUCCCAAACACAAUGUGCACCACCACCUUCAAACGCCAGCUAACAACUCACUUUUAUAGGCUUUCUUUCUUUGGUGCCAUACCCUCCUCACAUUUCCUCACGAGUACCGAGUUGCAUUCAAGAUGGCCGACCUCAUUCCUCUACACCGGAUCCUCCAUGCUCCAUGCAUUUCUCGACUGGAAACUCAGAAGCUCAAAGCAGAUGAGCUGGACCUCAAUAGCACACAAUAACUGACAUCAGAAGCCAAUAUGGGACGCUCAUUUUUAAAACACAACUUCUCUCUUGUUACAAAAGUAAAAUCCUCCAACAACAAUGACGUUGACUCGGAAUAAAUACAGCUCAGAGCACAAAGAAAAACAAUGCAAUACUAUACUGGCAACGAUAAGUUGGAGUCACUUAGCUGUAUUCCACACUUCUGUGGACAAAGGUCCAUCACUGUGGUGCAGCAGACAGGCUCAGAUUUCAGCUUGGAACAUUGAAACAUUUUCUUCCUGCGGGAUGUUUAUUACAAGCUGUAAAAUGAAAACAUCAGCCAGUCACAUGUUGUCACUCUAUUUUCUGUUCUUGCUCUACAGGGGAAUAAAACUGCCCCCAGAUCUA